CAACGGUGUGUGGGCGGGGUCGUCGGGGCGAGUGUCUGGCUUCUCCCGCGAGGAGCUGCUCGAGAAGUGGCGGGAGCGGCGACUAUGGAAGCAAAGGAGGAGAAAGAGGCGCAGAUUGCUGCGUGGUUGAAAAAAAUAUUUGGAGAUCAUCCCAUUCCACAAUAUGAGGUGAAUCCGCGGACAACGGAGAUUUUACAUCACCUUUCAGAACGCAACAGGGUCCGGGACAGGGAUGUCUGCCUGGUAAUAGAUGACUUGAAACAGAAAGCAAGGGAAUAUGAAUCAGAAGCCAAGCAUCUUCAAGACCUUCUAAUGGAGAGUGUGAAUUUUUCCCCUGCCAACCUCUCUAGCACUGGUUCCAGGUAUCUGAACGCUUUGGUUGACAGCGCAGUGGCCCUUGAAACAAAGGAUACCUCACUAGCUAGUUUUAUCCCUGCAGUGAAUGACUUGACCUCUGAUCUUUUUCGUACCAAAUCCAAAAAUGAAGAAACCAAGCUUGAAUUGACAAAACUCGAGAAAAAUCUAACUGCAACUUUAGUAUUAGAAAAAUGCCUACGAGAGGAUCUCAAGAAGGCAGAGUUGCAUUUGUCUACGGAACGGGCCAAAGUUGACAGUCGUCUUCAGAACAUGCAUUUCCUCAAAGCCAAGUCAGAGGAGUUCAGAUCUGGAAUCAGAGCUACAGAGGAGCAGCUUAAAGCCAGAGGAAUGGAUGCUUCUCUGUCUCAUCAGUCACUGGUCGCCCUUUCAGAGAAAUUGGCAGAACUAAAACAACAGACUAUACCUUUGAAGAAAAAAUUGGAGUCCUAUUUAGAUUUAAUGCCGAAUCCAUCUCUUGCUCAGGUGAAAAUUGAAGAAGCAAAGCGAGAAUUAGAUACCAUUGAAGCUGAACUUACAAAAAAAGUCAAUAUGAUGGAACUGUGACCAGAGCCAAGUAAAUUUCAUCUUUCUUAACAAAGUAAAUUGAAUAGGACUUUAAAGAAUCAUUUCCUCAUGCCAUUCCUUAAUAAUCCAAUUUCUGUGUUCUUCGAGGAGAUAAUAAUAUCAUAUUGACAGAAUAGUGGUUUCUGGUUGUAUAUUGCAUUUUUAUGCCCAAAUUCAUAGUUUUCAUAUUAAAAAAAUUGUUUUUUCUAUGUUGCUGGUGAUUAAAUGCCCUUCAGUAAUUCUCUUAGGUCAACACUACAACAGUUGUCAUGCAGUCACUCAUUAGUUCAGCUAAGUGAACAGGAAAGAUUCUGCAGCUUCUGUUAUGUUUCUCCCACUCUUCCCCCUCCUGGGAUUUGCUGUCAUUCUUUCUGAUCAGCUCACCUGCCUACCUCCAAAUGUUAAUAUAUGCAGGAAUUUAGUUUAUGAGAAAGAUGACCUUUUAAAUCGAUAGUAGAGAGAUGGAUAAUUCAACACGUGGUGCUAGAUCUUUACUUCACACCUUAUGUCAGGAUAAUCCCAAAGGAUCGAAGAUUUAAAUAUU